GGUAAGUCCACGUCUCCAAUUGCCAUCAUGGCUUCAGUCCUGGUCCCCGUUCUAUACGUCGGAAUAGUCGUUUCAAGUUUAUUACUGUUCAGUCAUUUCUACAGAAAACGCGAUGCAGGCAAGCUUUACGAACCCUACUUUUCUUCGCAUCCAGAACGCGAUGUCUACGUUUCCUUACUGCAGAAGACCGACCCUCCAGCUAAUGAGGCCCUUCUCAAAGCCGCUCUUGUUCGCCGUGCAAUGACAGACGUCUCUCGUGUGGUUAGACUCCGUGAAGACAAGCCUGCUCUACAAAAUCUUCUGCAAAAAGGGUCGAUUGGCGAUGACCUCUGGAACAGUCUUCUGCAAGCUGAGAAAGAGCUGGAAGCAGAAAUUGUGGAGGUAGUCGCAGAAGCUAAUACCUUUGUCGAAGGAUGGGGAAGCAUAAUAUUCCAGUCAGCCGGUGAGAUGAUCGCGAAUGAGAAGAUGCGCACCGUCUAUGAGGAGACUUCGGCAUCUAGAGAAAUCAAACAACAAAAGUAUGGAAAAGUAGGUGCCAAGAUCGACCUCCCUCAGGCAGUCCUCACGUCCGGACCGCCGCCACCUGGCCACCCUGCUCAUGCUGCUGCGCUCGCAGCAGCUGCAGCUGGAAGUGCUCCAGGUUCUGCUCCUGGAACUCCUGUUAAGCCUCUGAAUAGUCUUGCCCCACCCCGCGCCAGUAGUACAAAGGCGGAGAGCAUAGCGUCAAGCGAUGGCGAGAGUCAUGAUACCCCAUCCACUUCAAAAUCUUCCAAGAAGAGGGGCAAGAAACGGAAGUAAAUCCUAGACGUCCAUCCAUACAUACCUCGUCCGAUUUAUGCAAUACACACUUGUCUUGCCGAAACGCGCGC